GCUGUAGCUGAUGCCCAGGCCCCCCUGGAAUGAUGCCGUCGCGGACCAAUCUCUCUGCUGGGAUUCCCAGUAGCAAAGUCAAAUAUUCCAAGCUCUCCAGCACCGAUGAUGGAUACAUUGACCUGCAGUUCAAGAAGAGCCCACCCAAAAUCCCCUACAAGGCCAUCGCCCUGGCUGUGGUGCUCUUCAUGAUCGGGACCUUCCUCAUCAUCAUCGGGGCCCUGCUGCUGGCAGGGUACAUCAGCAAAGGGGAGACCGACCGCGCCAUCCCCGUGCUCAUCAUCGGCAUCCUCGUGUUCCUGCCGGGCUUCUACCACCUGCGCAUCGCCUACUACGCCUCCAAGGGCUACCGGGGCUACUCCUACGACGACAUCCCCGACUUCGAUGACUGACCCGUUCAUUAACCCCGCUCUAAUUAGGUGUCAGAGUGCACCAAAAACUGUCCUGGGCUUUGGCUGCUGUUGCCUCCAGCUCCCAGGUGCUGCUGGAGCGAGGGAGGCAGCAGCUCUGGAAUAGCCCCAGCAGUGUCUGUCUGCACAAAGCACUCCACAGUGGUCACCUGAGCCCCAGGUGGGCUGAACAUUCCAGAAGGAGGGGGCAGGAGUGACUGGCAGUGCAGAGCAGGCCCGCUGAGGAGUCCAGGGCUGGACAAACACCUUGCUCGGAACGUACUCCUAGAAUUGCCUUUUCUCCUCCUUCAGUGCUCCAGAUUAGACCCAAACCCUGAGCCAAGCUCUUUUUUUUCAACCUGCAUCUCUUCCCUCCCUUGUCUCAACUCCCCUGUGUGAAUGCCAGCGCUGCACUCCGAGGAAGAACUGGUUAAAUUCAGGAUCUCCCGUUCCUCCUCUGGGGGCACAGCUGGGCACGUUCCCUCCCUGCUGCCAGCCCCAGCUGCCAGGGUGGCACAGGGGACGAGGGACACGUGCUGCUGGCAGCAGCUGGAAUGUGUCACUUACAGCUGGCUGUGGCCAGGAGAGCGGCCGCUGACGUCAAACCAUGAAUCGGCCUCUCUUAGGGGACAAGAACCUGUGUUCAUUCGGUUUGGAGAACGACCGGGGAGAGGAAGUGGAAGUUUAGAUGGAAAAAGCAGAGAGGGAGGGAGAAGAUGCAGAAAGUUGGGAAGUGGGGAGUCACCUAAGCGGGGUAAAUGAAGAGGACAGGAGAAGAAACUGGACUUGGACGCUCCUUGUGGGUUCCUUCCAACUCAGGGCAUUGUAUGACUGUGAUUCUAAGAACAUCUGAUGUUCCUGGAGGAAAGGAAUUAAUGAAUUUACUUUUCUUUGACAGAAGCAAAAUGGAUAAAUAAGCAGGGUUGUGUGAGGGAUGGCCAGAAGAAAAAGUCCUCUUCACAGGGGUUUUUUAUAUCUAACUGGGAAAAAAAUAAACACUUCUAGGAAAAAGAAGGGGGAUUCUGACCACUGGAAAUACGUGGAUGAGGAGGAAUUCAUUCUUCAAGCUGACAUCCAGGUUUGGGGGAGCCCUGAGUGACUCCCUGCAGCAGUGAGGGGAAUAGGAAAAGAGCUGGGAAGGAGUUUGUGGUUCUAGAGCAGGGCUGGAAUGACAAAUGAGGCACUGAUGAAUGAGGGUAACACUGAAUAGCUGCUCCCUUUGUGGAGCAUCCUCCAUUCUGGGCAAGGCAGCUGUCUCAGGGAAAAACAGUCGGCAUUUACAAAGCAUUUACAAAGCAUUUACCAAGCCUGACAGGUGUUACCAUGCACAGAAGCUCUGGAGAAAGAACAGGCAGCCAGAUUCCAGGCUUUUCUCUGGUUUAGGAGUGCUCAGAUUCGUGUCUCCUCAACGCCAUUCUUGGAUUGCUGUUGCAGGGUAUAGUUACAUAAUUAAUUACCCACUUAAUUUAAUGCCAUGGAGUUGCUGGAAAGAUUUGGAAACGUGAUUCUUGAGUCCUGUGGCCUGAGCUACCAGCAGUGCCCAAGAAAUCCUCC